CGCAGUGCUUUCAAAAGAAUUGGCGUCCGCUAUUCGCCUCUCCUCCCGGGAGUUUUCUGCCUACUCCCAGAAGAGGAAGGAAGCACAGUAUGAAGACUUUGGAGACUCAACCGUUAGCUCCGGACUGCUGUCCUUCAGACCAGGACCCAGCUCCAGCCCAUCCUUCUCUCCACGCUUCCCCGAUGGAUAAAAAUGCGGACUCUGAACUGAUGCCACCGCCUCCCGAAAGGGAGGAUCCGCCCCGGUUGUCCCCAGAUCCUGUGGCUGGCUCAGCUGUGUCCCAGGAGCUAGGGGAGGGGGAUCCAGUUUCUCUCUCCACUCCUCUGGGAACAGAGUUUGGUUCUCCUAGUGAGCUGAGUCCUCGAAUCGAGGAGCAAGAACUUUCCGAAAAUACGAGCCUUCCUGCAGAAGAAGCAAACGGGAGCCUUUCUGAAGAAGAAGCAGCGAACGGGCCAGAGUUGGGGUCUGGAGAAGCCAUGGAAGAUACCUCUGGGGAACCCGCUGCAGAGGAUGAGGGAGACACCGCUUGGAACUACAGCUUCUCCCAGCUGCCUCGAUUUCUCAGUGGUUCCUGGUCAGAGUUCAGCACCCAACCUGAGAACUUCUUGAAAGGCUGUAAGUGGGCUCCUGACGGUUCCUGCAUCUUGACCAAUAGUGCUGAUAACAUCUUGCGAAUUUAUAACCUGCCCCCAGAGCUGUACCAUGAAGGGGAGCAGGUGGAAUAUGCAGAAAUGGUCCCUGUCCUUCGAAUGGUGGAAGGUGAUACCAUCUAUGAUUACUGCUGGUAUUCUCUGAUGUCCUCAGCCCAGCCAGACACCUCCUACGUGGCCAGCAGCAGCCGGGAGAACCCGAUUCAUAUCUGGGACGCAUUCACUGGAGAGCUCCGGGCUUCCUUUCGCGCCUACAACCACCUGGAUGAGCUGACGGCAGCCCAUUCGCUCUGCUUCUCCCCGGAUGGGACCCAGCUCUUCUGUGGCUUCAACCGGACUGUGCGUGUUUUCUCCACGGCCCGGCCUGGCCGAGACUGCGAGGUCCGAGCCACAUUUGCAAAAAAGCAGGGCCAGAGCGGCAUCAUCUCCUGCAUAGCCUUCAGCCCAGCCCAGCCCCUCUAUGCCUGUGGCUCCUACGGCCGCUCCCUGGGUCUGUAUGCCUGGGAUGAUGGCUCCCCUCUCGCCUUGCUGGGAGGGCACCAAGGGGGCAUCACCCACCUCUGCUUUCAUCCUGAUGGCAACCGCUUCUUCUCAGGAGCCCGCAAGGAUGCUGAGCUCCUGUGCUGGGAUCUCCGGCAGCCUGGUUACCCACUGUGGUCCCUGGGUCGAGAGGUGACCACCAAUCAGCGCAUCUACUUCGAUCUGGACCCGACCGGGCAGUUCCUAGUGAGUGGCAGCACGAGUGGGGCCGUCUCUGUGUGGGACACGGGCGGUCCUGGCAAUGAUGGGAAGCCGGAGCCCGUGUUGAGUUUUCUGCCCCAGAAGGACUGCACCAAUGGCGUGAGCCUGCACCCUAGCCUGCCUCUCCUGGCCACUGCCUCCGGUCAGCGUGUGUUUCCCGAGCCCACAGAGAGUGGGGACGAAGGAGAGGAGCUGGGCCUUCCCCUGCUCUCUACGCGCCAUGUCCACCUUGAAUGUCGGCUUCAGCUCUGGUGGUGUGGGGGGGGCCCAGACUCCAGCAUCCCUGAUGAUCACCAGGGCGAGAAAGGGCAGGGAGGAACGGAGGGAGGUGUGGGUGAGCUUAUAUAAAAAGGUUUUUAUGAUA